AUGUUUCUAGCAUUCGCCGUCCUCAUAGUCGCCGUUCCUAUACUGGCAAUGUCAGACACAUGGUACACGUCCACAACGAUGAAAACGGUGGUCACAACAGCCACAGAUGCACAGGUACAAGUUUUUGAGGGGAGUGGGAUAAUUUACGACGAAAUCUUCGGGUCCCUUGCCGGGAGCAUCGUGGAUGUGAAUACCGUGGAGGGCCAGACUACCAUCGUGAUGAACUGUAUCGAGAGCCCGCCGGCUAGAUGCGACUUGGAGGCCGACAGAAUCCCCCGUACGAUAACCAUAGGUCCUUCAACAUACAUACACAGCUCAAGCGGCACCGAACAAGACCCCCAGAAGUAUACCAUUAGUAUCGAUUCAAGGGCCUGCAGGAUCUUUUCUUCAACCCAAAGAGCAUCCUGCGAGACCUAUAUGAGCUCCUGGUAUUCUGACCCUACAACCAUUAUGUCCAUGGAGACAAUGCGUACUACAAUCUUGGGACCUGGAGAAAUCACUUACCACCACUUAUCAAUUACGGCGGGUGUUGAGAAGCUUCUAUCACCGGUGACUACAACGCAGACCCAGAAUAAGACUGCUGUCGCCACUUCCACUGCCUUGACCUCUACAACAGCCGCUGCCUUCACAACAACCGCUGCCCCUUCACCUAGCCAAACUCCAGAGAUACAUUCCUCAAAAGCGUGGAUUGCUGGGCCGGUUGCGGGAGCUGUGGCUGGCUGCGGCCUGAUAGUAGCUGCGGCAUACUGGUGUCUCAGGGGAAGAAGGCAAAGAGAGCCAUCGGCUGAUUCUAGACCAAUAACCCAGGAUCCUUCAGAGGAAAUCAAGAGACUCGGCAGCCCUGUUAGGUAUGCAUACAAGGUAGGUAUGGCAGCGGAAACUCAAGGAACCCCUGUAUCCGAACUACCGGCGGAUGAGCCUUCAUGCGUUCAACAUACUGCCUAA